GUAACUGCCAGUCUCCUCCGGCUAUCUCAUCUACGCCAAGGCCUUGUUAUAUCCAGAAUCAAACAUUUAUUGGUGGUUAUCAUAUAACAGUGUGGUAUAAGGUGGCUCAGUUCACGAAGUCUGGCCAUGAACGGGACGCUAGGUCCGUCUUGGCCAUACUAAUCGAUCCGAUCAGUUGCUGAUCAGAGGUAGGGAAUGAAAAUUCCCGAGUGUACUUAUCAUAAACUGACAUUGAAAGUACUUUCCUACGAAUCCUACCACGCACAAAAGCCGGGUGGAGGUUCCUAGGAAGAAGGCACCUUGGGUCUUAAGAUUUUUGCCCAUGUCCUCCAUGCUUAAUAUGCUCUCCUUGUGGCACUGGCAGACUGAGGUGGUCAUCCUCGGUCUACUAGGCGUUAUUGUCUACUACUAUCGCUCUCGCACACUUAAUUCCUGUGUGCUACCCUUACCCCCUGGUCCAUCAGUCCCUCCUAUUGGGCAUUAUCCACCCAGGAAGAUUGCUCAGUGGAUUGACGAAUAUGGACCAGUCAUGUCUUUCCAGGAUGGAAAAAAUGUACUAGUCAUCGUCGGACGUUACCAGGAAGCCAUUGACAUCAUGGAGAAGCAGGGCGCAUUCCUUGCAGACCGGCCUCGUUCUGUCGCUGGCUGUGACAUCCUUGGGAAAGGGAUGAGAUUCGUCCAAAUUGGCUCUGGCGAGAGGCUCCGCAAAUUUCGCAAAUCUUCUCAUUCGCACCUCCAGGUGAAGUCUGCUCAGACUUACGAGCAGGUACAGGUCGCGCAUGCACAUGAAAUUAUUCUGGACAUACUGCACGAGCCCAAGUUGCACCAGCAGCAUAUCAAACGUUUCGCAGCAUCUGUAAUUCUGCAUAUCGUAUAUGGGAAAACAACCCCUACUUUGCUCAAUGACCCGUAUCUACUACAGCUGCAAAAGAUGAUUCCAAGGGUUCAGAGCGCAAUGGUGCCAGGUGCAUACCUUGUUGACAAGUACCCCAUCCUCAAAUAUGUCCCUGGUUAUGGGCGAAAUUUAAAAGAGUGGAGCCAGGAAGAAUACAACAUGUUAUUCGGUCAGCUAAAUCAGGUUAAAAGUCAAAUGGACAACCACAUUGCCCCUCAUUCAGUUGUGAAGGAUCUCCUUCUACACGCGGGAGAGAACCAGCUGUCUGAGACAGAGAUAGCAUAUCUGUCUGGGUCCCUCAUCGGAGCAGGCUCGGAUACGACUGCUGUCGCAAUUUCAACAGUUUUAAUGGCUGCUGCGCGUUUUCCACAUUUACAGGCUCGUGUGCAUGAGGAGCUAGAAGCCAUCAUUGGCCGAGAGACUACUCCCACGUUUGAGGACUGGUCGCAGCUUGUUCAGGUUCAAGCCUUCAUUCUGGAAGCUCUUCGAUGGAGGCCUGUCAAUCCAAUAGGUUUACCCCACCGCGCAACGAAAGAUAUCAUUUGGAACGGCAUGUGCAUCCCUGCUGGCGCCACUGUCUUCGGAAAUCAUUGGAGCAUCGCGCGUGACCCCUCUGUCUAUCACGAUCCCGAAUUAUUCAAUCCCAAACGAUGGAUCGGUUUAGACGGAGAAAUCAGAGAGGACAUGAAGCUGUUCACUUUUGGUUUUGGAAGACGUGCAUGCCCCGGGUUGCAUGUUGCAAACCGAUCAGUGUACAUCGCUGUCGCUCUUAUCCUCUGGUCCUUUACACUGGCAGAAGACCCUAACAAUCCUAUUGACGACACUGCCUUUACACCUGGCAUAGUAUCACAUCAGAAGCCUUUCAGCCUGAUCUUCAAGCCUCGCAUGGAUGAAGCAUCAUUGAGAAACAUUUUCUGUUCCACCGCCGUAUAGGAGGUUUCAGUACGUGGCUGU